AUGACAAUUCAGCCAUCGCCAGGAGCUACCGGGCAAGUGAAUCUCUCGCGGGCUAUUUUAUUUGCUUUCAUCGGAAUCCCGAUUGUUCUCCUGGCACGAGGACUAUACCAGAUCCAAAAACUGCGAACACUUGAACGACUGUAUGGUUGCGAGAAGCUCUCUAGUGAAAGCGAUCAUUUUCGAUAUGACGUCUUCAGUAUUUUGAAAGCAACGAAAUUGGCUUCUCACUUUCGGCAGCGAACAUCACUCCUCUAUACAAAUUCACUGUUCCAGAGAUAUGGCGAGACAUAUGCUUCCAAUGUUCUCGGUCACCGAUUAGUUUUCACCUGCAGUGCAGAAAACAUCAAGCAUAUGUUGUCCACAGCGUUUGCCGAUUUCGAUAGUUCUCCCCUGCGGAAACCCCUGUUUGAGCCAAUCACUCCACAUGGGAUUUUUACUCUCGACGGCGAAGACUGGAAGAGAAGUCGGGAGCAGUUGCGGAAUCGGCUAUCUAACCUCCGCAAGGUCAUUGACCUGGGAUUAUGCGAAGAGCACUUUCAGGCCUUUCUUCAACAUGUUCCACCAAAUGGCCAGGUCUUUGACGUUCAACGUUGUACCUCCGCUCUCGCUUUGGAUAUGCAGACCCGGUUCUCUCUCGGAGAGUCUGUUGAUGCCCUCGACUUUGCUCAAUCCCAAGAAAAGAAGCAGUUCGUAGGCGAUCUUGAUGUCAUCAAAGAGAGGAUCGUGCGAGAUGGUUUUCGUGGCCCACUCCGUCAUUUGAUGCCUAAACGAGCUUUUUAUCGGUCGUGCUGUAGAGCGCGGAAAUAUGUAAUGGCUCGUGCCAGGCGGGAGGUCGAAAGAGAGAGUAGCAGGAUUGAAAAGACAAAAGGUGGGCGCGCUGGCAAUGAUUUCAACAAGUUCGAAAAGAUCUCCCAGUUCGCCGACCAGGCAAUGAGCAUUCUGCUCGCAAAUGAUAGCAUGAGCACCACUCUCUCGGGUCUUUUCUAUUGCUUAUCCCGGGACGAACGUAUCGUCGAAAAGCUCCGAACUAGCAUCAUCGAUGCCAUCGGGCUUACGCCACCAACGUGGAGUCAGCUUGGAAUAUUGCAUUAUGUUCGCUGGGUACUCCAGGAAGGUGAGGAAAGCUUGAUCAAUCGUUUAGCAUCAAAAGCAUGCACUGACCCAUAG